CUCCGUCUCCUCCCCCCCCGCACCGCCUCUUUCCCCACCCUCCGGCGCCGCCUCCUUCUCCUCCUCCUCCUCCUCCCCGGGGAGGGGAGCGGCAGCGGCUGCCCUGGCUGAGCCGGGCUUGUGUGCUCUCUCUCGGCAGGAGUCCGGGAAGAUGGCCGGGGCCGAGUCGGGGAUGAGCGGCACCGGGAUCCCGCAGCAGCCCCAACCCCCGGCGGCGGCGGGGCCGGCGGAUGAGUCGUCGGACAGCGAAGGGGAGCACGAGGGCCCCCAGAAACUCAUCCGGAAAGUGUCCACCUCGGGCCAGAUCCGCAGCAAGACAAGUAUAAAAGAAGGAUUACUACUGAAGCAAACCAGUUCUUUUCAGAGGUGGAAAAAGCGUUAUUUCAAACUUCGAGGUCGUACCCUUUACUAUGCUAAGGAUGCAAAGUCUCUAAUAUUUGAUGAAGUUGACCUGUCAGAUGCCAGCGUAGCUGAAUCGAGCACAAAAAAUGUCAACAACAGCUUCACGAUAAUCACUCCAUUUAGGAGGCUAAUAUUGUGUGCUGAGAACAGAAAAGAAAUGGAGGACUGGAUAAGCUCUCUGAAGUCUGUUCAGUCCAGAGAACACUAUGAGACCGCACAGUUUAAUGUGGAACAUUUCUCAGGGAUGCAUAACUGGUACGCCUGCUCCCAUGCCCGACCUACCUUCUGUAAUGUGUGUAGAGAGAGCCUCUCUGGAGUCACUUCUCACGGCCUGUCUUGUGAAGUGUGUAAGUUUAAAGCACAUAAAAGAUGUGCUGUCCGAGCCACAAAUAACUGCAAAUGGACUACAUUAGCCUCAAUUGGAAAAGACAUCAUUGAAGAUGAAGAUGGUAUAGCUAUGCCUCAUCAGUGGUUAGAGGGUAAUCUGCCCGUCAGUGCCAAAUGUGCAGUCUGCGACAAGACUUGUGGCAGUGUGUUACGCCUGCAAGAUUGGAAGUGCCUUUGGUGUAAAGCUAUGGUUCACACUGCCUGUAAAGAUCUAUAUUCUCGUAAAUGUCCACUUGGCCAAUGUAAGGUAUCGAUCAUACCUCCAACAGCACUAAACAGUAUAGACUCUGAUGGUUUCUGGAAAGCCACAUGCCCGCCAUCCUGUGCCAGUCCUCUUUUAGUUUUUGUUAACUCAAAGAGUGGAGACAAUCAGGGAGUAAAGUUUCUUCGUCGAUUCAAACAGUCGUUAAAUCCAGCUCAGGUGUUCGAUUUAAUGAAUGGAGGACCUCACUUAGGUUUGCGGUUAUUUCAGAAGUUUGACAACUUCAGGAUUCUUGUCUGUGGUGGUGAUGGAAGCGUGGGUUGGGUCUUGUCAGAAAUUGAUAAGCUCAGCUUGCACAAACAGUGUCAGUUAGGAGUGUUACCCCUUGGUACUGGAAAUGACCUUGCUCGUGUCCUUGGUUGGGGAGGAUCCUGUGAUGAUGAUACACAACUUCCUCAGAUUUUGGAGAAACUAGAACGAGCCAGCACGAAAAUGUUAGACAGGUGGAGUAUAAUGUCAUAUGAACUGAAAUUACCAGCAAAGCCUUCUAUUCUUCCAGUGACUGCCGAAGAGUCGGAGGAAUGCCAGAUAUCUGCUUAUGAGGACUCAGUUGCUGCCCAUCUUGCAAAAAUUCUCAAUUCUGAUCAGCACUCAGUUGUCAUAUCAUCUGCCAAAAUAUUAUGUGAAACUGUAAAGGACUUUGUUGCCAAAAUAGGGAAGACUUAUGAAAAACCAGUGGAAAAUGCAGAGGAAGCUGAUGCCAUGGCCAUUAAAUGCUCCGAGUUAAAUGAGAAGCUAGACCUAUUGCUCCAGGCUCUUCACACAGAAGCCCAGGCUGCUCCCAUUCUCCCAGGCAUCACUCCCCCCAUUGUGGAAGAAGAAGGAGAGGAGUUUUCAAGUGAAGAAUCCUUGUCUGAAAGUAAAGAGCAAUUAGUGGAGUGUGUCUCAAAGUCUUCCACCCAGAAACUCUUCAAACCAAGGGAACAGUUAAUGCUCCGGGCAAACAGCUUGAAGAAGGCUGUGAGGCAGAUCAUUGAACAAGCAGAAAAAGUUGUGGAUGAGCAGAAUGCUCAUAGUGAAGAACAAGUGAACCAGUCCCCACUAGAAUAUAGCAAAGAAUUAGAUGAAUCCAAAGACGAUGAAAAAGAGGAAGAUACAAAGGAACUUGAGUCUCCAUCAAUUAAAACUGCACCAAGAUCUCCAGAUCGACGUACAAGCCGAGGUAUCCAUUCUCAGACAGGCUCCUUCUCUGCUCCAGCUUUGGCUGCAAGCAAGGAAAACCUCCCAGUGCUUAACACUAGGAUUAUCUGCCCAGGUUUGAGGGCUGGUCUAGCUGCUUCUAUUGCAGGAAGUUCAAUUAUUAGCAAAAUGUUGCUAGCAAACAUCGAUCCAUUUGGUGCUACGCCAUUUAUUGACCCGGAUCCAGAUUCACUGGAGGGAUAUUCAGAAAAAUGUGUCAUGAACAACUACUUUGGAAUUGGGUUAGAUGCAAAAAUUUCACUAGAAUUUAAUAACAAGAGAGAAGAGCACCCUGAAAAGUGCAGAAGUCGGACAAAAAACAUGAUGUGGUAUGGAGUUCUUGGCACAAAAGAGCUACUGCAGAGAACUUACAAGAACUUAGAACAAAAAGUUCAACUUGAGUGUGACGGACAGUACAUCCCCCUUCCAAGUCUGCAGGGCAUAGCUGUGCUAAACAUUCCCAGCUAUGCUGGUGGGACUAAUUUCUGGGGUGGAACCAAAGAAGAUGAUAUAUUUGGGGCUCCAUCAUUCGACGAUAAAAUCUUAGAAGUUGUUGCGGUAUUUGGCAGCAUGCAGAUGGCAGUUUCAAGAGUCAUCAAACUGCAGCACCACAGGAUAGCUCAGUGUCGGUCAGUAAAGAUCACCAUACUUGGUGAUGAAGGGGUUCCAGUGCAAGUUGAUGGAGAGGCAUGGAUCCAGCCCCCGGGCGUGAUUAAGAUCAUACAUAAAAACAGAGCUCAGAUGUUAACACGAGACAGAGCCUUUGAAAACACCCUGAAGUCUUGGGAAGACAAACAGAAGUAUGAUUCCUGUAAACCUGUCAUUCGAUCUCCCUUGUACCCUCAGCAGGCAGUUGAGUUGGCUACAGAAGAAGAAGUUGCACAGGUCCAGCUGUGCUCACAAGCUGCAGAAGAACUUAUUACAAGAAUCUGUGAAGCAGCAAAAAUACAUGGCCUCUUGGAGCAGGAGCUUGCUCAUGCUGUUAAUGCAUGUUCACAUGCAUUAAAUAAAGCCAACCCAAGGUUUCCUGAGAGCCUUACCAGAAACACUGCCAUGGAGAUAGCUGUCAAUGUGAAGGCCCUACAUAACGAAACUGAAUCUCUGCUUGUAGGAAGAGUUCCUUUGCAGUUAGAAGCUCCCCAUGAAGAGCUGUUGUCUGAUGCUUUGCACAGCGUGGAAAUAGAGUUGAGAAAACUUGCUGAGAUACCAUGGCUUUAUUAUGUUUUUCAACCAAAUGAUGAUGAGGAUCCCCCUCUGGAUUAUGCUAAAAGAAACAACAGAAGUACAGUGUUUCGCAUAGUGCCAAAGUUUAAAAAAGAAAAAGUUCAGAAGCAUAAGACCAGCCCUCAGCCUGUUCAAAAAUGGGGCACAGAUGAAGUUGCUGCUUGGCUGGAUCUGCUCAGUUUGGGAGAGUACAAAGAAAUCUUCAUCAGCCAUGACAUCCGAGGCUCUGAGCUUUUACAUCUGGAAAGGCGAGAUCUUAAGGACCUGGGGAUAACGAAAGUGGGUCAUAUGAAGCGAAUUCUCCAGGGAAUUAAAGAGCUCGGCAAGAACACCCCUUUGCCUGAAGUGUAAUUAUGCUGGUGCUCUCCCUAGAGACAGAAGGGAAAGCUGCUGGAGGAGCAAAGCUGUUGCAGGCACUUAGCUGUCUUUGUAGUUUACUCUAUGGAAGAAUAAGCACCGGGGUGUUUGUACAGGCUAGUAUCUCUGAAUUCUUGUAUGGUGAAGAGCUUGCUGCAAGAGUACAAAAGGAUUUGUGCCAAAAAAACCCAGGAAAAGAUGGUAUGUUCUGCAAAGACGUUUUCUUGGUGUGCAAACUUGGCCAGUUCGGAUAAGCACAUUUUGGUAAAUCGAUUGGUUUAUGGUGAACUGCGCUGACUGGAAAAUAUAAUCAAGAAAUGAUUGCUUUGCUUACAUGCAGCUCAGUACGCCUCUCUUUACACUGCAGCAAGAUACCACUGUACAGCAUGAGGUUGUCCGGUUAUCCUUCUGAGGCACAGCUUCAUAAAACCUCCUGUGCAGGAGACCGAGAGGUUUUGGAGGUUCAGCGCGGAAGCCUAGCAGCGCCGCAGGUACCCAGCACUCGCUGGCCGCGCAGAGCGGGGAGAGAUACCUUGUGAUACCAUGAAUGCAAACUGUAAUGCAUGGUGUGCCUGCCUGAAUCGUCUGUUGUUCUGUUGCAUGACACAUCUGAUACUUUAAACACUUGAACAACUUUUAUAUCGGUUUGAAUGAGGUUUAAUUUAUUACUACUUGAGUGUCUCUGGUUUUUUUCAGUUUCAGGCACUUUUCUAUUCUUCAGUGUUGUGUUAUGCCUAAACUGUGUUCUACGGCAAAGGAUGUGUGGGUGUGGAAACUUAGCAUUUGUGCCAUAUUCAGCAGAUUAUAUGCAUUCUAUAUGAUUGAAACACUGUACAGUUAGAUUUUUUUUUUUAAAUAUACCAUGUACAGAAGGUAUAUCAGGUAACUAACUUAUGAGUAUUUUUGAAAGACCGGUACCUCACAAAAAUAUCAAUUGGCUUCCUGCAUGGAAAAUGAUAAAGAAUUUUCUCAUGGUGCAUUUUAAUGUAGUUAUUCAGUUUUCUUAAACAUCUGUAGCAUAUAUGAACUUUCAGGCACUAAUGGUUUUAUUUAUUCUAUUGUUCAAAAAGCAAGUUGAGAGAGUAAUGAAAAAAUUUUACAGGAAAAUUAAUCUUAUUUAUCAUACAUAAGGAGAGUUUUAAAAUGUAGCAGCUGAUUUGAUUUUUGUGGGGUAAGCUUUUACUCAUUACUAAUUUACUAUUAAUUUAAAAAUGUCUCUGUAUGGAUUUCUUUACAAAGGCAUCAAUUUGUUUCUUGUCAGCACUCCUACAUUGGUAGAUCAUAAGAUUUUAAAAAACAAACUCUAAGGCUUUACGCUAUGCAUGCAAAGAUGCAUCACAUGCAAGAUAGCAAUCCAUGAGACUAAACAGGAUAAAAAAUUUAAACCAUCUUCGUUUAGAAAUGGCAUUAGACCAGAAUUUAUAAGGUUAUUCACAGUUUACUUAAACAAAGCAUAGCUUCAUAAUUGAAUUUCCUGAUUAAUUUUUCACAAAAAUAUUAAUCUAGUAGGAAAAUAAUUUGCAUAUAUCAAUUAAAAAACCUACUUAAAUGUUUGACAUGAGAUGAUAUUGCACCACCUGCCAGAAAACUUGCAGAGAAUCGCUGUCUCCUUGCCGUUCCUAACAACGUGUCAUUGCAGCACGAGGAACACUUGACUUUUACUUAAUCGAGUAGCUUUGACAUUUCUUACAGGUUAAAGAGUAUCUUAAUAUCUAUUUAUGUUUUCCUGGUAGGCAGCAGAGUGGGGCUUCAUUUGUUUUUUCCAAAGCUGAUUUUCCCUGUGAAAGGGGCCCACGUCAAGUACUACACCUGGUUUUGCCCUCUCGUUCUCCUGAGUAUGAUGGGAGUUGUUCCUUGGAAGCCAGAUGGGCAUCAUCCCUUGGAAAGUAAAAUCUAUUCCCCUCAUUGUUUUCUUGGGAAAAAAAAAAAAUCAAAUGGAGCAAAACAGGCUUCGUUUAUAUCCAAUUAUAGUACUAUGCUCUUGCUGCUGUAGGUUCAACAGGUACCACUCUGGGAUCUCUGUGGACAUAACUGAUUAUUCUGGUAAAUAAAUAAAAGCAAAGGGCUGUGUUGCACUAUGUUUUCUGUAAAAACCAAACCAAAAUCCCUUCACCAAGGGACAUGAUUUUCAUGCUGCUAUAUGAAAAUCAUAUAAAAAACAAUGGGACGUUAUGCAAACAAUGGAAGGAUUAGAUUUCUUUUUUUUAUAUCUACUUGACAUUGACCCCUUUAAUAAUGUUCAGUUGGCAUCCGUCCGCAAGUUGCACUUACUUUUCUCUUUGUUUCUCUGUAAGCGACACUAUAUUUUAAUGUGUGGCAUCAUUCUAACGUAUCAAUGUUCCAUAGUUAAUCUUCCCGGUCGAUUCAAGGACAUAAUACACGGAAGAACCUUCUUUGUUUUCCUGAUUGUAGGAUGCACUCUCUUCACAACUUUCAGCCUUGCUAUAUGCAAUGCGUUAGGACGGGCUAUGGAACAGGAUCUCUUCAGGUUGCUGUAGAGGUCUACGCUGAGUAUAUUAAAAAAUGGGAGCUGCUUUUAGGCAGGGAGAAUGGGCAAGUGGUUUCUUUGUAACCACUUUAGCUUUUUUUGGUAGUUCGUUACACAACGUUCUUAUGGCACUCCUCAGAUUACCUCAGUAUGGGACAACUGAUCACUUGUCUUUGUAUAGUUCGGUUGUUUUAAAUGACCACCAAAGAAUUUAACUUUGAUUGUCCUAAGCAGAAGGGUUUUUUUAAAGUGCAAGUAGGAAAAAAAAAAUUGUAAGCAUCAUUUAUGCUGUAUUUGUUAGAUGCCCAGGAUAGUAAAUUUUAUGCAACUCUAUGCCUUAGACUAGUGUUGGUUAUCGAAUCCAAAUGCAUCUGACAAGGAGGCUCAAAAUAUUUUUAUGGGGUUUCUCUGCCAAGGUCCUGGGUCGUAACUAUGAUGCGGCUUUUCUGCAGAAAGACUUUUGAACACAGUGUUACUAUCUCACAAUUCUUGUAAUUUUUUCCUUACUGCUGUAAAAAUCCCAGUUCCUAGAACUAAAGACGCACAUAGCUACAUUUUUAAUGAACUGAACUCUUCAUAACCUAAUCCUGAUGUUUAAAGUGCUUCAAAGCAUACGGCCCAGUCUUUCAACAAAAAUAAGGUAAGUUAGUUUCUUAGAAAACAAGGUAUCCCAAUAGAUUUUGUGGAGCCCAAUUCAAUGUGCUAGAUUUGUCAAGACAAAAAAAUCACAAUACAGAAUUUACUGGAUGAAUUUUUUCCCCCUAGUAAAAGACACUUAAUUUCCAUGGUCAGGCAUCAUACCUUAAAAUCUGAAAGGAAUACAGAGCAACUGGCAUUUCCGUGGGCAUGAAAUGCCCUACACCUCAGAAAGUGGAAGAGGAGAAAUGCACGUUCUAAAAUGGCAGCAGAUUGCUAAGUGCAUGUUUCUGUUUUGUCAUUUGCAAGUAGGGUUUUUCCGGUUCACUGUAUUCAACUGCUGUAGCAACCUCUGAUUCGGGUCAUGCAAGUAUUGCCUUUAUAAUGCCUAAUGCCUUCUGAGAAAUUGAGUGCGAUCGGGCAAACUCAUGGCUGUAGGUGUUGGGGUUUUUUUACAAUACUUUAAAGAAAAAACUUGUUCAAAAAUGAAAUUUUUUCUAUGAUAGCAAUUGCAAAUUUUCUUUAUCAUACAUUUUGAUGUAUUUCCCCUUAACCACUAUUUUUUUACUCCUGAAUAUCUCUUUCUUUCAAAGAAAAUAUUUUAAACUUUGAAGAACAGUAAAAUGUAAAGCAUGUGAUCAAAAGCCCUCCCGGACUAUUUAAAUCCAGUAUUUCUUACUUUGGGACUGGAGUAAACAUGCUUGGUCCUGUAAAUACUAAAUAGAAAUCAUCUUUCUCUCUCCAUCUCUGCCCAAAGAAAUUUAUACUGCGGUGUUGUAUAAUUGUAAUUCAAACGAGGAAUUGAUUUUUUUUAACAAUGGCCCAUUUCAUACUUUCCUAGGCUUUUCGUAGAGAAACAGAUAACCUGCCAAUUUUGACUUUUUAAUUGAACCUCAGCAAUGCUGAUUCAUUCAAUGAAAAUUUCAUAAAUUACUUGAUAAUUACGUGAGCAGAUACUAUUUCAAGGAUAAAAUUGUAAAAUUAUCUGUUUUUCAAUGCAUCUAGGCUUCCUUUUGGGAAGACUGGCAGGAGACCUUUUUCACAUGUAAUGGAAAAUUAAUAUAUAAAGCAAAUAUGAGAAGAUGUUCCAUAGUCCUACUUUAAAAGUAGAUGUAAAACUACAUAUUAUACAUAGAUAAUUCCACAGUGGACAUGAAAGACAAAUAUCCCCACAGUGAUUCCAUUUUGCUUCAUGCUUCCCAUUAAUGACUGCAUUACUCACGUUUACUACUGUUUCUCCAUUGCUCUCUCUGUGCCUCUAAGUAUUAAGUUCUUGCAUAUAAGUUUGACAGGUCUGGUCACUAAAAAUUAGCAGUGCAAAAAGCCUUUGAGAAAGUGAUGUAUAUUGUUGAGGAUAACCGAGCUGGAGCGAUAUAUUUAGCUUACAGCCAGGAAAUCAUCUUGUUGCUCGUGUGAGUAAAUGAGAGCCACAGAAAAUUAUAGGAGUAGUUAUAGAUUUAUUUUUUCACCCCAGUAACAAAGUACCUCUCAACUGCAGCGUCCCGAGUGUUACAUUUAUACCAGGGGCUUUCCCAUUUUUUUGAUUCUGUUUUCAUAGAUUGUAUGUUUUAUGGUAUGAUUUUCGUAUCAUCCAGGUUUGAUGCUGCUUACUCUAACUGGUAAGAUUUAAUGUUAGCAGGAAUUGUACAUGACUGUAUUGCUGUCUUAAGUAAAAGGAGGAGUUUUUGAUGACUUGAGGAAGCUGAGGAGUUUGGACAGGACUUAAAAUAUCUCUGCUGCCUCUUCGGAGAUGAAUGGUAGCGUCAGCAGGAUUGAUAAAGCAUCAUUUGGUCAUUAUCAAUAGAAGAUCUUUACUCGUUGCAUAAAUUCCUGUAUUUAUAUAUAGAAUAUAGUGUGGAGAUUGAUCUUUUUUACAAAAAGAAAAAAAUUUUCUAGUCUUUUCUACUACUGUUGCAUUAGGUUUAAUAGCUCUGUUAAUGGUUAGCUUAUGUACUUGAAAUGCUCGUUUCUGCCACACAGAAGCCCAGUCUGUUUCUCAGAAAUUAUAUUCCAUUUGGAAGCCAUCUGGAGACUUCCAGGGGACUAUUGCUGUAGCCAGGUGGAGCUAAGACCAAAAUUCAUAGCAACUUCUGUAGGCUUAAUAGCGAUUGCCCUCAAUAUUUUAACGGAAAAAAAAUUUUCUUUGAAAGUUUUUUUUUUUUUUCAGCCUUUAGAUUUAAACUUAAAAUAUCAAGCCCUCAUCAACUGUAAAAAAUAAAAUAUUAGCACUGUUAAGACUUUGGCAAACUAACAAAACGCUGGCAGUUACAGACCUGAAAGUAUUCCUGAACAAACUGUAAUGUGUUUAGCCGCAGUGGUUAAAGACGUACCACCUUCAGAGCAGUCAACACAGAAUUCAUAUAUUUACUUGGCAGAAUUAUAAACAUCUAUUUUAAAUCAUUGAAGACCUUGUCUCCCAGUUGACACAAGCACUUUUUAUAUAAGCUCUUCGAUGGGAUUUUGAGUCUGUAUAACCUGUUGCUUAUAUUAGGAAGGGCAGAAGCAGCUGGUGCGUAAUUUAUGUUUCACACAGGUCAUGUCUCUACUAAUGUUCUCACGCUGCUUCCCAGCUCCUGUGUCUGGAUGGCUUCCCAGCGGCUUGGCAAGAUGAGACCCUCGCAUGUCUCCCCAUGUUUCUGUUCAGAAGAGCUGGACAGGCAGGCUAGAAAAAAGCUGUAGGAUGCUCCGGGAGAUCUAGAUUGACCAGGGCUUCAGGCUCCAAAGUCUAUCGCAGCCAUGGUGGACUAAAAUCCUUUACAUUAUACUCCUGCAGUCCCCGCUGAAAGCUGCAUUUAGCUUGCCAUGCCACUAACAAUUAACACUAGCUACUCGAAUGCCCUCGGAAAGAGAACUGUUUUGGCUAACUCCACCAGUUGUGUAAGACUUUUGAAAAUACUAGAAAUUAUGGUGGCUAUGAGUAAGACAAGUAUGCAAGUGAGUAAUCUGUAUUUUAUUCUAUGGGACGUUCUUGGGAAAACCGUAAUUGUAGUACGAUUGAAAGAUUAAUAUUAGGGUUGAAAAGACACUGAAGGUAAAAGCAAUAUGGUACAAAGUUUGAAGUAAUUUGAAAUUUUUUUUUUUCCAAAUUAAUUGGAAACAAUUAUUUUAGGAAGCUGUGUUUGAUCCAGGUAUAGCUAUGUUAUACUAGAGCAUGUGAACUGGAAGAGGAAACCAGGAAGUAACGAACUAAAAGCAAAAUUGGGUAGUUUGUUUUCACGAUGGAAACUGUGUGAAAAGCCAAAAAUAAAAUCCCCACGGUGCCCCAAAUCCCUACUAUGAAUAUUUAAGUGAAUUAACAUUUUUAAGUCCUACUUUUAUUAAACUAAAGUAUUAAUUGGAUAGAAAACGCUUUAGUUUAAUUAACAACCUGACAAUGUCAUAAACAGAGAAAGAGUUACAUAUAGGACUAUGUUUUUCUCCCCGUGUCAGUUGAAGUAAGCUCUGUCUGGGACUAAUUCUCUCUGCAGUUACAGUCAAUUAUUAUGUGAAUGGGGAGGUUGAGGAAAGCUGUUCGAAGCUGCUUGGCCUUGUUUUUCAGGGAGGGAGAGCACCUGUGCUGACAAGUAGGGCCUGGGGGCUCUUAAGGAGAAUUUUAGGAAUAUCAGGUUUUCUACUUGGACAGUUUGUGCGGGUUUACGACGAGCACACAGGCAUGAAGCACACACCAUGAAGGUUUCUAGUGGCACUGUCCUCUCACAAGAUGUCGCCUCUAUAUAUUGAAAUAGGCAUUUGGACUGUACUGCUUAGCCAGAUUUCAGGGGAUUUUCUACAGGCGUCUGUCACUCGUGGUGUCUGUACUUUCUGUCCUGGGUUUCGGUCUCCUUCGAACAUGCACUUUGAAAAAUGCAGUCAUCCAUAUAUGACAAAAAUUACUCGUUUUCCCCUCAAGGAGCAGAUCUUGUGAACCUGUCCCAAAACAAUGUCCUUCAUUAGCCACUCGCUUACGUCAUGUCCUUUGAAUCCUAAAAGAGCUGAAACAUGGGAUCUCCCUAGAGCUGCCAGUUACCUCGUAAUUUAGUUUGCUGAAGCUUCUAUGUUGAGGGGAUCAUCAAAGGGCAAAAUAAUAUUCCCAGCAGAAGAGAUGUGCAAUAGCUGGGAUUUGUACAUAAAGAGUCCAAGCCGCUGGGGAGCUUCGCUGAGUUGAAGAGGGCCUGAUCUGGUCCUUCUUCACUGCUGUCAUCACACACGGAUCAUUUAAGGCCAUCUAAUACUAGCAGCUUCCUGUCUCAAUUCACAGUGACGGCAAACAUAGCCAUUAGCACUAAUGAAACUUCUCGCUCUCGCAGUUCUAAGUCCAGAGCAGGUAUCUUUAAAUGCCAAGCACAACGGAAUUGUAUGAGUUUAUUUGUAGUGUGUGUUCUGGCACUUAAAAAAGCAAAUUUCAUCUAAAGGUAUUUUAAAGGUCCUGAGAAGAUCCCAGCCUCACUACGGGUGGUUUCUCUCGUUAGCCAGGCUUGUCACUAAAACUAGUAUGCCUGUCAAGUACAGCUGUUAGUUAAUUCUAUAGUAACACCCACUUACUUGCAUGAGUGGAUGCAUAAAGUGCACGUGGAAGUGCUGCAGAAACGUGACGCUGUCUAGUUUUCUGCAUAACUCAUCUAUUCGGGUCUGAAUAGCUACAUUUUUUAGCAAAAAGCUGAAACACACAAUUUCCACUCAGUUCAAAAACGUAUCCAAUAGAAAAUGAAAACAUCUAACGUGAUUUGUACUGGUUCAGAUAAAAAUUGCUGCACGCUCAAUAGUUUCUGCCCUUCCUUUCCCCUUGGUCCUGUUCUCACUCCACAGGAAAAUUCAUCGUCUUUGCAAACAUAUAGAUCUGUUGGGACUUAGGCAUGUGCUUAGCUUUAAACAGCACUUUAGUCCCCUUGGAGGUUGCUCAUGUAUUUCAGUUUUAGCAUUUUUGUGUAUUACCCUCCUACAGAGGAUUUGGGUAGGUAGAAACUGCUCCUCACGUAGAAGUUAUCAUCAGACUGAUCACGGUAGACUUUUAAACGCCAUACCUAUGAAUGUUGUUCUCUUGCCAGUAUUUGCGUGUGCAUGUGUGUAUAUAUGUAGUAUCUAGUUUGUAGUGUGUAUGUGCGUGCACACCUGUACAUAUAUAUGUAUAUACAUACCCUGGUUUUGCCCAAUAUAAUGACGCCAACUUGUGUGUAGAGCCAAAAAAACCUUAAAACUAUACAAUGCUUGAAAUGCUGCAUUGUUUUUAUUGUAAUAUUUUUUAUAUCAGAUGAAUUGCAGGAUGUUUACAGAUGCUUAUUAAUAUUUAACUUAUACAAUGGAGUGGCAGGAUGUUUAUGAUUGUUGUCAGCUAAAGAAUUGUAUACGAUUCUGGGUGAAAUUUUGGCUUUGUUGAAAUCCUUGGCAAAACUCCCAUCGAUCUCACUGGGGCCAAGAUUAAACCCCUCCGAAUCUAUUGUUUACUGGCUAUUUUCCUACUGUGAUAAUUUUUUUUUAAACGAGUGAAAUGUAUUUAUUUUUUCCCAAUGUGAAAUCUGCAGUUGCUAUUUGGAUUUUUCUACAGGACCUGCAAACUACAACACAGAUGGGAAUAUAUGCCUCAGAGAAUGUACAGGAUUUUUCAUUGAUCUGGUCCUUGAAUAUGUCUAAGAAAAUACCUUCUAAAGUAACUUUUGUAAGAUGUAAUACAGAAUCUACUAAAGAACAGAUCACCUUUCAUACCUCUCUCCACAAAGAAGGCAUGCAGCGUGGCAGGUUGAAAUGGAAAAUUAUUUAUUGAUGAAUAAUAACUAGUCCCAUUUAUUUUGUAUGCCUGCUGAUUUCGUACAGCUCACCUGGCUCUGCAGGUCUGGAAUGAGACACUUGAAGUACCUUAUCCAAAAGUACCUUAUCAGAAACAGAGAUGUUAUAUACUAUAUAUGGCUUCAAGGUUCUCAUCAAGACACGGAGGUAUCUUCAGAGCCAGUCUAUAAGAAUGAUUCUUUUAAUACUUCAUGGAUGAAUAAGAUUAUGAUAAUAUUAAGCGGUAAGUCAAAUCAGACAGCUGCUUGACAUUAGAGAAAUGACUUGUUUAGAGACAGAAGGAUCAGUUCUUUACUAGCACCAGGAAGGAAAAAUACCAUAAUGCAGCGCUUCCUAAAUCCCUUUCCAGGGUAUCUUUUAAGUAUGCUCUAAGUAUAUUCUUCCUGUAAAAAGACAUAUGGCUGUGAAACAGCUAAAUACAUGCAUUUUUAUUUCUUCAUCUAAGGCUAAAAAUAUAAUUUUCAAACAAGAGCUAUCAUGCACUUUGAAAUAUAUGCGUGCAGGACAGGUAAGUUUGUAUUCAUCGUAGUCGUCCCAGGGAUACAGCAGGAUCUGUGAAGUGAGGUAGUUACGCCGGUGUUAUCAAAAGCUGAAGAAAUCAUAAGCCAGCCGUGUUGCCCCAUGAGGCUCUUUCUGAAGACAUCUCUGUAAAUGCCCACCGCUCCCAGGAAUCUUUCCCAUAAUUUUGUUUAAGACAGGAUGAUAUUCAGAUUCCUGCUCUUCCCCUCGCUAAUAAGGAAGGAAGUGUGCACCUUGGUUGAACUUCCCAGGAGUUUGUUGGCUAUAGAAACAGACCUCAAGAGAAUAAACAGCCGAGGCACUCAGUAGGCUCGUGAAGGACAGGCAGGGCUCUGCCUGAGCUCACUAGUCUGCGAAUGUGGAUCCGAUGACACAUCUAGGGGGAGGAAGGCUCCUGGUGCGGUCAGUGGCAAACCUCCGUGGUUAUUGGUGGGAGCAGAUGGGCACCCCAGUGAGCAGACAACCUUCCUUUUGCAUGUUCGUUAUCCUUCUGUAAGUAUAAUCAGGACUGGAGUUCAGGUCUGGAAGGCCAGGACGAGUAGAGGAUAUGGGAGGAAAUGAGGAGGAAGUGGCGGGAGGGCUGGAUUCUGCCUUUAGUUUCCUGCUGCGGAGCUGGUGCAAGACUGGGGGCAACUCAGUGAACCUUUGCGUGCCUCACUUUCUCCGCCCGUGGGAGUAAGGAUGCUUACCACCUUUGUACAGCCCCCCACCCCGAGACCUAUAGGACAGCAGUGGUAUAUAAGCGGCUAAGUUUUACUGACACUAUUGUACGUAGUAUAAAUAAAUGACUUUUGUCCGUAACACUGCGAAAAUUGCUUUUCCUAGUUUCGGUUCUGACUAUUUGAUGACCCGUUUCAUUCUGGGUAGUCAGUUCUGAAGCGUAGCGAUUGCUCUAGUACUUACAAUUACACACAUAGCGGGCUCUGUUUGCUGCAGAAAAGAGUAAAACUUUAAACCGCCUGACAAAACUUGCCAAUGAAGUAUAUCUAACAGAGCAGGGGUGUAACUUUUGGCUUUAUUUACUUGUAAUAAUGGUAAGGAACAGUGAAUUUUGUUUGUUUACAUACUGUUUACAAUGGCACAGUUUUAUUUUUAAUAUAUAAAAAACAAUUGAGGUAUUUAUUGCAUAUACUAUUUUAAAGAUGUUUUAUGUGUUUUCACCUUUGGAAUAUAUUGUUACAUUUCCUUGUACAGAUAAUUUGGGUGGCUUUGUUAAUAUAGUUAGUAAUUUUUAUGACUACUAAGUGACCAGUUUUCCGUGCCUUUUUAUUGUUGGAUGCAUGAUUACAUAUUUAUUAUUGUAUGGAAGUCACUGAGAUGUGUAUUUUUGUAUUCUGCUGGAAGCAAUGGUUGAUUUUAUUGUACAUGAUAAGAGAUGCCUUCCAUAAUGGGCACUCGUAUGAGAUCUUCCUUCUCAAAUAAACAGAAUGCAUUCAAUGUA